UUAAUAUACGGCAGUGCCAAUCGUUAGGAUAGUCGCCAUUUUGUCCGGAGAGGUAGCCCGGUCGCGGCGAACGUGCAGCGAAAAUAGGCGCUGCCUGGACCCGCGAGGAUUAUCACGAGUUGCAUAAUGUAGGUAUAGUUUAUUAAAACAAGGCCUUUAGGAUACAAUUAUAUUUAAUGUCAGUAUAUAAGCUGGAUGCUUGUUAUUGGUGGUGUAAUCAUUGGACCAAGAGAUAUUGAAACAUUUAAGGUGUAAUAAAAAACGUGUAAAAUGACGAUUGCCACUAGAGGCCAGGGAGUUGGCAUAGACCCUCCUGACAGCCAGCAAAAUACACAGAUGCACAGUCCACCAGGUCCGCAGCAAUUGGCUGAUACAAUGUCGGGACUUCAACUCACUGAGAAUGUGGUACAAACAGAAUGCAACAAUGAUGCUAUCACUGCAACGGAGGAUAGUAGUCAGUUUCAUGGAGAACCUGAUUUUCCUAUUUCCAAACUUAAUAUGCUUCAUGAAAAGAUAUCUAGUCCACGAUGGGUUGUACCAGUUCUACCUGAACAAGAAUUAGAGUGCCUGUUACAAGCCAGUAUCGAACUUUGUAAAAAAGGAAUUGAUGUACAAAGCGAAGCGUGUCAACGCUUUUUUCGAGAAGGUCUCACAAUCUCAUUUACCAAAAUAUUAACAGAUGAUGCGGUAAACAGUUGGAAAUUAAAUAUUCACAAUUGCAUUAAUGCUAACUGUGCACGUUUGGUGGAACUAUGUGUCCUAAAAUUAGAUGAAGAUUGGUUUCCUCUACUUGAUUUACUGGCGAUGGUUUUUAAUCCUAGUAAUAAAUUUCACACAUUUAAUGCAGUAAGAGUUUCUGAAACUGUUCCUCCUGGUAGUGAUAUUCCUGAUGAGGAACUUUACGCUCGCCCACCACCUGAUUCGCGUAGUCCUCGUGGUUGGCUAGUAGAUCUUAUAAACAGAUUCGGGAGUCUCAAUGGAUUUGAAAUUUUGCUCUCUAGAUUUCAGAGUGGACGUAAUUUAACAGUGCCAGUUAUAUAUGCUUUAAUCAGACCUUUUGGCUUGUGUUAUGAACUAUUGACUGUUCACACAAUAGUUAAAUAUUUAAUGCCUAUAGUUGAAAUGGUACCUCUUAUUUUGAAUAACUUAACCGAUGAUGAGUUAAAAAAGGAGGCAAAAAAUGAAUCAAAAAACGACGCAAUAUCAGCCAUAAUCAAAGCCGCUAAAUGCUUGGUGUCACGAGUACCUCAUCAGGAAGAGAUGAUAAAGAACUUAGAAAUAUUGAGACUGAAGAUGAUAUUGAGACUCUUACAAAUUUCUUCUUUUAAUGGGAAAAUGAAUGCUUUAAACGAAGUUAAUAAAGUAAUAUCUAGUGUUACUUAUCACCAGCAUCGUAAUACAAUAGUGGAGGAGGAAGAAUGGCUUACAGCAGAACGUAUGGCAAAAUGGAUUAAGGACAAUGGAGUAUUGGAAAUUGUAUUAAGAGAUUCGUUGCAUCAGCCACAAUAUGUAGAAAAACUGGAGAAGAUUUUACGCUUUAUUAUAAAAGAACGUGCACUUACACUAGAAGACUUGGAUGCUGUUUGGGCAGCUCAAGCUGGUAAACACGAGGCGAUUGUGAAAAACGUUCAUGAUUUAUUAGCCAAGUUAGCUUGGGAUUUUAGUCCUGAACAACUUGACCAUUUAUUUGAGUGUUUUCAGACAAGUUGGAGGACUGCCAAUAAAAAACAGCGAGAAAAAUUAUUAGAAUUGAUUAGGAGACUUGCAGAGGAUGAUAAGGAUGGCGUUAUGGCGCACAAGGUGUUGACACUUUUUUGGACUUUGGCUCAUUCUGAUGAAGUCCCUACAGAAAUUAUGGAUCAGGCGUUGAAUGCUCAUGUAAAGAUUCUUGAUUAUUCAUGUUCGCAAGAAAGAGACGCGCAAAAGACAAUCUGGCUGGAUAAAUGUGUUGAAGAAUUGAAAAAUGGUGAUAAGUGGGCUCUUCCUGCAUUAAAGCAAAUUCGCGAAAUAUGUUGCCUUUAUGAACCAAAUCCCAACUUAGGUCAUAGUCAACGUAGUCAUCAUUUACACUACAGGCAAGAAGUAAUAGAACGUUUGCAGAGUGAACAUUCAGUAGUGAUACUUGUAACAAAUAGCUUAACAAAUUAUAUGGAUAAAGUGCGACAAUUGGUAAAGGAAAAUCCUGAAAUUGAUGCAAAUACUUUUAUGCCUGACGGUCGAUACAAUCAUAUUAUGCAAGUGCAGGAAAGAUUGAAUUUCUUGCGUUUUCUUCUAAAGGAUGGACAAUUAUGGUUAUGCGCUGAUCAAGCGGAGCAGAUUUGGCAAUGUUUAGCCGAGCAGGGUGUAUUUGUUUCUGAUCGCGAGGCGUGCUUUAAAUGGUUCUCCAAGCUUAUGGGAGAUGAACCAGAUCUAGAUCCAGCAAUAAACAAAGACUUUUUUCAAAAUAAUAUACUGCAAUUAGAUCCGACAUUACUUACAGAAAGUGGUAUUAAAUGUUAUGAAAGAUUUUUUAAAGCUGUUAAUUCUAAAGAAGGAAAAUUGAAAUUGAAACGUAGAACAUUUCUCAUGGAUGACGUGGAUUUAAUUGGGACUGAUUAUUUAUGGAGAGUAGUAACAAAUAGCCCAGAGGAAAUUGCAAAUAGGGGCAUAGAACUCUUAAAGGAAGUGAAUACCAAUUUAGGACCACGGCUACAAUCAUCUGUUUUGGCAUUUCAUGAAACGUAUAUAGCGGAAUGUAUGGACAGACUGAAAGCUCAUUAUGAUACUGUGACUGUUUUGAGUAGAGUAUAUUUGGAUGGAAAAGAGGAACGCGAAGAACAAAUGACAAAUAAAAUUAAAAUGGAAGCCAUAAAAAUGUGUCGCGUUAUGAAAGUUUUGCAAGAAUAUAUAAACGAGUGCGAUACAGCUUUUCCAGGGGAACGGAAAAUAUUACCAUUGCAUAGAGCGGCUCGUGGCAAGCAUCUCUCACUUGUUAUUCGUUUUGCGAGUCCCGGUCGAAAUGUUGAUGACAUAGAUAUCUUCACGCAUAGUAAUGACACAUUAGCUUCAUUGAGACGUCAAAUACUACGUAGGAUUAAAGCAAGCGGGACGAAUGUGAAACUCGAUUUAUUUAUUAAUGGAGAUUCGCUGGAACAGUCCGAUGAUAGGAAACUCCUUUCUCAGAUUCCAUUGAGAGAUAAAAUGUUGUUAUCUGCCAAGCUCAGUCAAGUAAAUAGCAAUAUGCCAAGCUCACCGGAUAGUAGCUCUGACAGCUCUACUAGUUCCCCGCAUCACCCGUACGACGGGCUGAAUGUAGAGGCAGAGAAUAGUUUGCCUGGUGUGGUCAUGUCGCAGAGAUCGCAAUACGCGACAUUCUUCUUUCAAUUGGCAGAUCUUGGCUGUAUGCUUCAACAUUCACAAUUGCGUGACGGUGCGCGAAAUCUCCUGCAAUUAGUGCCGCCGGAUACCUUCACUGUAACAAGAUUACAGUGGUUGUUUGGUCAUUACAAAGACGACGAAGCUUUACAAAACCCCUCUCAGUAUCAUUGUAACGAGCAGAAUACGACGGUAGAUUCUCUAUUUUUUACUGCAAGUCCUAGCCAAGUUUUAUACAAUUUAGAGGUAUUGUAUACUUUGUUAAUGCCGGCUCUCGAACCUAUGUCGGAUAGAGCAUUUGAAUUUCAAUAUAAUUUCAUAAAAAGCGGCGAAGCGGGUGUCAUCCUCGAUAUGCUAACCAAAAACAAGUUUUUACCAAAUGCGGACGAAACCACAAAACGUUCUGCGUACCUAACGGUGCUGAGACUGUGCAAGCUUCUUCUGACAGUGAUGGGUAACGUGAUGGCUUGUGUGAUGGACGAAGUUCAACAAACCGGGACUCCGGAGAAUCACGAUAAUCACGUUAAUAAUCGCGGUCGAGUGGCAGUAUUGAAACAGGCUCUUCAGAGUGUACCGAAUCAAAGUACCGAAUACAUGUUGAGAAGCGUAGCAGCCAAACUGGCGCAGCAUCUGUCCCAUCGAAUGCUGUCUGGUGGACCGGAAGCCGAUCGAUGUCGGCAACUCUUUGUGCAGGCUCUUUCGUGGGAAUUACCGGAUGUGGCUACUAUACGUGCCAUAAUUAGAUUAGCGUGGGCUGCAUCCACGGGUAACUUGAAUAAUAUCAACGCGUCGAACGAGGUCCUUCACUCGAUGCACGAGAUUAAUCAGAAGGAACAGAGAAAUCCUGAUAACAACGAUGUCCUUGUGUGUAAGGAAGCACUCGAAGUACUGACAAUCGCUCUUGUGUUGAAUCCAUCGGCAUUAGAAACAUUGUCGCGUGACAAAAUAUGGCAUACCUUCCUGAUAGACCUAGUGUUACUUAGUACAUCGAGGGCUAUUAGAAUUGCCGCUAGCGAACAAUUUUUUCUUAUCUCGACGUGGUGCAGCGGCGGACAUCAAACGCUACUGGUUACCAUAACUCUUCUUUUCGCCGUUUUAAAUACUAUCGUUAUGGAGAACGCGAAACAGAGUCACGAAUACUUUCAGCUUCUGUGCCGAUUGUUGAACUUUGCGCAUAUGUCAGGUUGUCCUUUGACAACCGCAGAGACGCUAUUAAAUGUGGAAAUUGCGUGGUUGAAGAAAGUUCGAGAUAACAUGAAGGAAACCGGAGAGACUCAGGUAGAUGAAGCCUUACUCGAGGGUCACCUCGGUCUAACUAAAGAACUGUUGGCCUUCUUGCCACCUAGCCAAAAAUACGAGAUUGGUUCUGAUGAAAAGCACGGCGUUAACUUAAUCAAGGAAUUGGUCGAGGACUUUGUGUUCCCUGCGUCUCGUCUGAUGCUGCAGCUUCGCAGUACUGGCGAACUGAGCCCAUCGCAAGCGUGUCCGGUUUGUAGCACUCCUCAAUCGACUAGCGCCGCGUUCGACUUGCUCGUAGGUCUUUGCGUAGGUUGUGUACCCAACAUGAAACUUCUAGUCACAAUGCUCACCGACAUGUUCUAUUCCGAGAAGGACGAACCAUUAGCAGAAUGGGAUUAUCUACCACCUGUGGGACAUAGACCACUUAAAGGCUUUGUAGGCUUGAAGAAUGCAGGGGCAACCUGUUAUAUGAAUUCAGUAUUACAGCAAUUAUAUAUGGUGGAGAGCAUUAGAGUCGGACUUUUAGCGGCAGAAGGUGCAGCAACUGAUUUAAAUGAGGAUUUCUCAGGCGAGGAGAGGAUCGAAGGGGAGCAGACAAUCGAGACGAACGACAAUGAUACGAAUGAAGAAAAGUGCGGUGCUGAUGAAUCUAGAAAGGAAUAUAACAUUGGUAUUUUAAAGCAAGUACAAGCAAUAUUUGGUCACUUGGCUUACAGCAAAUUACAAUAUUAUAUACCUAGAGGAUUAUGGAAGCAUUUCAAGCUUCAAGGAGAACCUGUAAAUCUUAGAGAACAGCAGGACGCAGUAGAAUUUUUCAUGAGUCUAGUAGAGAGUUUAGAUGAAGCAUUGAAAGCUUUGGGACAUGAGCAAAUAAUGGGCAAGAUUCUUGGUGGCUCGUAUAGCGACCAGAAAAUCUGCAAAGGUUGCCCUCAUAGAUAUUCCAAAGAGGAACCAUUCAGUGUGAUAAGUGUGGACAUACGUAAUCACAGUAAUUUAUUGGAUUCUCUUGAGCAAUACGUAAAGGGUGAAUUGCUAGAAGGUGCAGACGCCUAUCAUUGUGAUAAGUGUAACAAAAAAGUCGUAACAGUAAAAAGGUUAUGCGUAAAAAAACUGCCACCCAUUUUAGCGAUUCAAUUGAAAAGAUUCGAGUAUGAUUUUGAGCGCGUAUGCGCCAUAAAAUUCAAUGAUUAUUUCGAAUUUCCACGAGAUCUGGAUAUGGAACCUUAUACUGUCUCUGGUUUAGCCAAACUGGAAGGAGAGGUCAUAGAUUGUGAUUAUGAGGAAUCUGUGAAAGGAACGUGCACGAAAUAUCAAUUAACUGGAAUUGUGGUUCACAGUGGUCAGGCUAGUGGUGGCCAUUACUACUCUUAUAUCUUACACAGAUUAAAUGACGGUACUGCUAAGUGGUAUAAGUUCGAUGACGGUGACGUGACGGAAUGUAAAAUGGAGGAGGAGGAAGAAAUGAAAUCUCAAUGUUUCGGCGGUGAUUAUUUAGGGGAGGUGUUCGAUCACAUGCUCAAGCGGAUGAGUUACCGCAAACAGAAACGAUGGUGGAACGCGUACAUGUUGUUUUAUACGAGACUAGAUGUAGAAGAGAAUUCUCUAAUGAAAAGUGUAAACGAAUUGUCAUUGUAUACGAAAUUAGGAGUUAUGAAAAUGCCACCGGCGAUAGAAUAUAGCGUGCGGAAGCAGAAUAUAAAAUUUAUGCAUCAUCGAAAUCAAUUUAGUGCUGAAUACUUUCAGUUUAUCAAGAAAUUGGUAUUCUGUAAUCCACUUAAUAUUAACAGACAAAAUCUGAAUGAGAAACUUAGUCCCGAAGCGGAAGAGCUUGCGAUGCUGUCUAUUCAAUUAGCAUCGAGAUUUCUCUUUUACACAGGUUUUCAUACCAAAAAGACAUUACGCGGGACUGCGACAGAUUGGUACGACAUAAUAUGCCAUCAUCUGCGAAGCACUAAAGCAGUACGUUCUUGGUUUGCCAAUGAAGUAUUAUUCAAUCAUCCACAUAGAUUCUGUGAGUAUCUUUUGAGUUGUCCCAGUACGGAAGUACGCACUGCUUUUCUCAAGAUUUUGGUAUUCCUUGCACACGUUUCUCUGCAAGAUGGUCCAUGCGCUCCGCCUAGCCUAAAUGCCCCGACUAUACUCUUAGAUCCAGUUGCAACGCUCAGCGAUCAUUUGCUACACGCGGUAUUGUCGUUAUUGCACCGCGAAAUUUCAGAUCACGGGCGUCAUCUUCCUCAUUAUUUUUCCCUCUUUCACGCCUACGCUUCCCUCGGUCUCGCCGAAAAAGCGCAAUUGCUUAAGCUAAAUGUCCCGGUUACGUUCAUGUUGGUUGCCAUCGACGAAGGUCCGGGCCCUACCAUAAAAUAUCAGUAUCCCGAAUUGACUAAACUGCAUCAAGUGGUAAGCAUGUUGAUACGAUGCUGCGAUGUGUCGUCGAAAGCGCACUCGAGUCACACGCAGACUCGUGCAGAACCUUUACCAAAUCCAUACGGAGAUCCCGCAUGUCAGUCGGAGUAUCUUAUGCCCAUCCAACCGCAAGCAGCUGAUAUAUUGUUUGUCCGUACUAGUUAUAUCAAAAAAUUGAUUGAGGACGCUAAUGUGACUGAAGACACGGUUAAAUUAUUGCAAUACUGUUGCUGGGAAAAUCCACAUUUGUCGCGAACGGUGCUUAGUGAACUAUUAUGGCAAAUAGGUUUCGCGUAUACCCACGAGUUGAGGCAUCACACGGAUCUAUUGCUUACAAUACUAUUAAUGGAGGAUUCGUGGCAGACACAUCGCGUACACAACGCACUCAAGGGAGUUCCCGAUGAGCGAGAGGGUUUAUUUGAAACGAUCCAAAGAAGUAAAAACCAUUAUCAAAAGAGAGCUUACCAAUGUAUUAAAUGCAUGGUGCAGCUCUUUAGUAAAUGUAGACCUGCUCAUCAGCUUUUACAUCAUAGUCCGGAAUUGAAGAGAAAAUGGAGUCAUGCCAUAGAUUGGCUUCACGAUGAACUUGACAAAAGACCUUAUGCGUCUACGGCGCCUUAUACACAUGCAUACAAUAACUGGUCUCCACCAGCACAAUCCAAUGAUUCCGCAAAUGGGUAUGUUUUGGAACGUAGCAAUAGUGCGAGGAAGACAUUGGAGCGGGCAUGCGAACUAUGUCCGGACGAGGAACCAGAAGUUGAAGAUACAAGCGAGGAUUGUGCGGAAGAAUCUGAGAAACGUGUGUUUACAUAUCAGACUUCCAAUUCAUAUAAAUCUAAUAUUUACGAUGCAAAAUAUUCAUUCCGAACCUCUAAGAGGCGUAACAACAGAGCCUUAGGAUGGGCAUCUAUGGAUUAUCCCGAUUUUACCGUAAUUCAACAAAUGCAAGAAGAACAACAGCCUCAACCAGGACCUUCUCCAGUACAUACACCCCACUUAGCACUUCAAAUGCAUAAUCCGCAGAACUGUGAGUCGUCACAAAAUACCAGUCAGGAUCCAUAAUGAACGCUGAACACUGAUGUUCUACCAAGUUGCUGCCUCAGUGAAAUGAAUUCAAAAUACUUAGAUAUUACUGCGCCAGAAGUUUGGUGGCGAACAGUAGCAGCAGCGUAUGUACAGAUAUAACAAGUGAGGGUUUGUCUUUUUUUAGUGAUCUUUAACGAACUCGUGCUAAUAUCUUAGUUUCAUUGUGGGUAGUUAUUUUGAUAAUAUGACGCGCUAUAAAUGUUCGAAUCGCAAAUGAGGAAACGAAAAGAGAAACGAUUCCGACUGAGAACUGAAUUAACGCAUGCUAGUUGAGGCAAUCAAUUUUAGAAGAGAUAUAUCUUUUCCCCUUAAUCUUGACAUUGUUGGUCAUUCAUCAUUCUGUUUGUGUCCCCUGACAACUUUGGCUUCCAAUUCUAGAAAUGAUAAUUUGACAAAGGAAAAAAAUAUAUAUAAAGAUACGUACGUUCUCUCUCUCUCUCUCUCUCUCUCUCUCUCUCUCUCUCUCUCUUUCUCUCUUUUUGAGAGAGAUCGACAAAACUAAUAGUAACAGCUAAGAAUUCAUUUCAUUUGCCUCGAUUAAUGCAUGUCGAUUCAAGCUUAACGAAUACCAUAAGAUUGUAUAAAUGUAUAGCGAGUAGUGUUACGGAAUCCCGUUCUCUGCCGAUUAGAAAACAAGAAUAUAAACCAUAAUUUUCCGUAUGCCUAUGUAAAUUUGUUACUAAUAAAAAAGAAGAGUUGAAAUAGAACUUUCUAAUGAUCGAAAGAUACAAUUACAAAAAAGAGAGAAACGAGCUAGUAUAUUCUUAUCUUAUUCAGAGAAAGCACAAUUUUUGCGAAGCUAUGCUCUAACAUAUAUAUGUAUAUAUAUGCAUAUAUACAUACAUUCUUAUGUAUGUAUUAUGUGUAUAUAGUUAUGUGCUAUAUGUGUAUAACAUAGCUUUUGCUAUUUAAUCUUUUAAUAACAAUAAAAGGAUUCUUCUUGUACUUAAUAAUCUCGAGCAUUCUGGAAGAAGGACAAUUAUCCGGCAGCCUGCCAUGCUGCUAAAAUUUCAACAUAUGCCAAUGAUGCCUCCUGUUGUGCUUUCUUUCAGUUCGACCGAUUUGAAAGAGUUGUGCCUUCGACAGUUGUGCGACUCCAUUGUACUUUUAGGUAGAUAUUUAAGAAUCAAGUUGUUGCUUCAAAUUUAAUUGCUUAUACUUCGCUUGUUGAGUUGACUAUGAAAAAAAGGGAAAAGAAAUUACAAGUUUGUCAAGAAACUUGCGUGAGAUUCAAUUAAUUAUUCAUCGACGAGAGAUAUUUAUACGACCGUUGAAACUUAUUUCGGAACUUUCGAAAAUGUGGUUGUUGCGGGUCACUCUAGUUUAUCAUGACGCACGCAUAAACACGACAUCGAGUUUUCUGCGAUGGGGUAAUCAUUUAAAAAUGAAAACAUUGUUCUCAUUCGGAACACAAAUUUUUACGGAGGAAAGGAAUUAUAAAAAAAUGAUGCAAGUAAUAAGAUGUAGAGGAUAUAGAGCAAACAAAUAAAUAGUUUGUAUCAUUGUAUGAUACCUAUAUCGUUGAUAAAACGAUAUGGUCUUUUUGCAAAAAUUGUGAAAACGAUCAUAUCGCAUGUCAUUUCGAUAAAAUUGUCCGAUAUAUCACGUAACAGAGAAGUAUUCUACAAAAAAGAAUGAAAAAUAGAGAUGGAGAAAAAGAAAUGACGAACGACUUUAAAUUUAUCAACUGGCCAUUGCUCUGACUUAUUGAAUAAAGAAAGGAACGUGUGUGUUAUAUGUAGAAUAUUAUAUAAAAAUAAUCUUAUAAAAAAAGGAAAAAAAAAGAGAAAAUCACAUGUAACAUGGAAUUAAGCGAGCAGUGUGUAUAAUAAGAUUUCGUGCGAAAAACCAACGACUAUGUCAAGACACCAGGAAAUAAUGACGUAUUGAUUAUUAUUGUUCGUAUUUAUCGAAUAACCGAGUUAAACACAGUGUACCAAAUUAUAUAAUAGCUUCUAUUUGUUAAAAAUAAUAAUGGUACCUAAUAUUACUCAGACAUGUACAUAUAUAGACACAAACAAUCGCUUUUUAUAUGUGAUAAAAAAAUUAUUAUAUUCCUAUUAUAUAUACAUUGAGAUUUAGAGAAACGUAUUGUAAAUCCUGGUUUUUGUACACAGACUGUAUGCUAAGUUCACUCUCUUUUGUUAACACACGAAAUGUAGUCUAUAAUUAUUUAAUAUUUAAUUUUAUCCCCACUAAAUAAUAAGCGCGUAUAAUAUCAUGUAUAAAAAAUACUUCUCCUUUUUUUUAUUAUUUGAAAGAUAUGGUUCACAAAAACUGGAAGUGUCAUGAUACUAGUGUCAUUUAUCUUAUGCGUGGUAGAAAUAAGGGAGACAUAAGUGUCUGCGAUAGCCGAGCGCGCAUUGUACGUAAUAUAAGAUCGUCGCCGGAAUCAUCGUUUUUGCCAUCAGCGAAACAGCGCUCGGCAUUGUAAUUUAAAAAAAAAAGAAGGAGGAAGAGAGAUACGCAAGGGACAGUAGAGAUUGCGACGGAAUGUCAUUUUCCUGCGUACACAUACAUCAUUUAAGAUUAGUAUAAUUUCGCUGAAUACAGAUUUCGAGGAUGCUACAGACGUGAAACGAACAUCGCCUCCUUUAUUUUCGCAAAAAUAAUGAAGCGUUUACAUUGGAAAUUAAACUCACCGGAAUUAUACCAAUUCCUACAAUGCUUGUAUACGUAAUAAAGUAAAGAGAGAAGAGAAACGAAAAGGAAAAUUGUGCACCAGUUUUAUAUGCGUGAUCCUAUCUCGCAUAUAUAAAUUGACGAACCAUGAAAUUUACUAUUAAUUACAUUACGUACAUCGCGCGGCGCAUUGCGAUUUUACAUUCGUUUCCGAGUACGAGGGUCGUCGGACAGAAGUUAAAAAGAUCAAAGGCAAAUGCGUGGAUUGGGCCGUGCAUUGGCGGAAAUCAUAAGAAUAGUAUUCAUUGUUCUUGAGAUCGUAUGCUCGUAAAGCUAAUUCUCGUAAACACAUAAUAGAGAAAAAAGAAAAUAUUUCAUCAAUAUUUUCUUAGUUCUAGUUCUUAAAGGUAAUUUUAAUUGUAUUUAGCGCGAAUGAGACGCUCUAGUCAAUAAAAUUACGAAUAAAUAGAAGGAAAGAUUUUAAUAGUUUCAUUCACAUUUAUUUGAUCUGUGAGAUAUUUUUGAAGCAUUCUGAUAAGAUUAAUAAGAAAAAUAAAAUAAGAUUUUAACAUGAAAAGAAAUUAUAAACUCUGUCACUAUUGUCAUUAAUUUUUCAUUAACUGGACCGCGGACGUUUCUGCAGAUUUUGAUGCGUUCUCCGCAUUUUCUCAUUUGCCUUUGACGUGUGAGCGACUCGUCAUCUGUAAACUACCUCGACUACUUAUGAGCAGUCAAUGUAUAUUUACGUUGUGCUUUGUUUUAGCAAUCUCGCCUCGUGGAAGGAACACGCGAGCGCUGGUUCAUCGAGUGCACUUUCUUUUUUUAAUCUCAUUCUAUUGAAAAAUAUUUACAUGUUAAAAAAUCUAUUCGAAGAAUAGUUUAAACAUUUCAUAAUUAAUAAAAUUUCAUGGAAUAUUUUAAAGAAAGGAAAAAGAGAUCAUUUCCGGACAUCAAACACUGUAGUACUUUGUGCACCAGCGUGAUUGUUUGAAUCAUCAAUAUAUCGCUUAUGAAUCUAUUUAAUUAGUUACCAUCUAUCAUCAUCAGGAACGCGAAAAAGAAUUUAUCGAAUAGCGUUGGUCACGAGUUUGCGUUCAGGAGCUAAAGAUUUGAAGUCAUCGAAGUAAUACUGAUUUUAAGCUCUGACAUAACAUCGAUCCUGACGCACGAUCCUCGGGCCAGUCUGUAUGUUUCGUAAACAUAAUUCUUACCAAAGUUAAAUACGAGAAGCAUAUGUUUUCGCACUUUUAUUCACACGCUGUACGUUUAACAUUUACAUAAACAUCUUUUUAUACGCUCAUAGAUUUUAGUGAUGAAUGUAGAUUGUGUGGAUGUUCUGUCGAUGCUAGAAAUACUUUAAUUUAUCUCUUUCGCUACGACGCAUUUAACAAAUGAUAAAUGUUUUAUUUCAAGCUACUUUCGAUCAUAUUUUUGAAAGCUUUGAGGACGGAAAGAAAAUAAAAUCAAGACUUAUAUCAAGAAAAGAAAAACUUUGAUCAAGAUAACGUAAUAUUCUCCAAAUGAGAGGAGCUCUAAAAAGGGAUGGCUGAUUCAAUCAUACGUCUCUCGAAUAUAUAUAAUUCUCGAAUAUAUAUAAAGGUAUCUUUUUGUCCUAAAGUUUUUCCAUUUAAUGUCACUAAUUUUGAAAUAUACAAAUUCUUUGAUUUUGAGACAAUUGUGUUCUAUCAAUGUAGAUUAUAAACUUGUUCGUGCAUGUAUAUGUAACAGGCUUGUCUCUAGUUUCGAUGCUUUCUUCACACGAUACCAAAUACGCAUGUGUGUUUUUGAAGAAAGAGAAUGAAUGAGUGAGUGAAUGAAAGAGAGAAAUAUAAAGUAAAAGUGUAGAAACACAUGUGCGACACGAAUAAAAAAAUUAAACUGAAUAACUCAUUGUUUGGGGUUCUCUUAGGGAUUGAAUCGCGUCAUGGCGAAAGAGUUAAAAUUUACAAGAAUCGAGCGUACAGUUAAUGUAAAUGCCAUUGCACUAUUCACCAUAACACCGAUUAAUCACGAUGCGAUAAAAAGCUAGGAAAACAAUUUAUUUAUUGUACGCGAUAUACAUUUGCGGAUCGUCUGGUUUCUGUAUUUAGCAUUUGCUUUAUUCCAGCGAGCCUUUGGAAAUUGUCACUCCGCUCAAUUUAAUACUGCAUGAAACCUGAAUUAGACGCAAAAUAUAAAAGAGAAAUGAUAAUGUGUAUACAGAACGAUUAUUAAGAUGCAGGAGUCUCAUUGAAGAGACGCUAUUAACAAUUAAUUUACGAACAAUUUCGACGGCACGUUAAUAAUGCUAGAUAAGAUUUGAACACGAAUAAGAAAAAGAGAGGCUAUAGAUUUGAAACCUCCUCUUAUGGAUAUGACAUUAUAAUAUUGGAACUUGGUUAACAAAUAAAGAGAGCAUUUCUCUGCUUAGGCGAGAUACAGGAUGAGUGCACAUAAAUGUAAGGAACUAAUGCAAGAUUAUUAACGUGCUUACUGUCCACACGACACACACACACACGAAUGUUCCUGUGAAUGUGUCGUAUGGACGCAUACGAUUCAUGGACGUAUCGCUGAUAAUAAUGUUAUCUAUACGUUUAUGAUCACGUAUGUAUUAUUAUGCAAUCUCUGAAAUAAAAACAUUUUUUAGCCAAAUAUAAAAAAUCAAGAGAGAGAAUGGUAUGAUUGAUAUUCAAAUAAAAAAAAACAUCAGUGGUGAAUGCAACAGGUUCUGUAAAGAGUUAAGAGAAGUGGACAGUAAAUGUAUUACAGAUACAUCGCGUUUGAUGAUGAGAAAAACAUUGCUAUCGAGACUUAAGAAAAUGAAAUUAAUGUCAAAUUAACGCAAAUGUCGCAAAGUUGCUGGAGAAUGUCCACUACAUUUCUGGACAUUUUUCAAACGUCUCUCUUGGACUUCUGCGUUGUUUAAGAUAUUAAAGUAGCAAAGUACGCUGACAGGCAUCGCGAACAUCAAUUUUCGAUUCGAAACUUCUCAUCCGAGUUAUUUAUAACAGGAGAGGAGAAUAAAUCAUAAAGAGAUCGAAAAAAUCUGAAAGAGAAAAAUUUGUUAAUUUUUGCGCAUUUUCAGUUCUCCAUUGCUGUAUUUGUCGCAACAAAUGCCGCGGACAAAAAUAUAGGGCAUAAAUAGUAAUAUAUUUCGAUAAAAUUUCAUGUUGUUAAUGAGUUGUUAAUAGAGAAACACAAAGAAAAAUGAAAAAAUUUUUUAAAGCGUUCCGCGACAGACUUUUGAAGAUGAGUUGAAAAUAAUGUUGUAAAUGCAUAUAAAAAGAUUUUUAUUCACAUACUUUGUCAAUCAGGAGAUAUUAGAUCAAGCUGCUUUAUUCUUAUCGCGAAUAUAUAUAUAUAUUAGUUUAAAUUAUUAACGUCACAUAUAUAUAUAUAAUUUAAUUUUAAUAAUUUUGAUAUUUUUGUACAAGUGCAUCUUUUACGAAAUAAUCAAAUACGUUCGCGCACAUGCAAGUAUUUUUGUUGGAUUCUCUUCAGUAAAAUUUAUAAAAUAUAUAAUAUAAAUUAUUUCGUCAUAAAUCGUCAGCUGUUUUGCGGUGUAAAAAGAAAAUAAUGGAACGAGCGUGUUAUGCAUACCAGAUGAAGAAACUACGAGGCUCAUAUUCUUGUUUGUGAUUCUGUCUUCGCGUACUUCCCGGAUGCUUGAUCAAGACUUGUCCUUGAAAAUAAUUAGACGACGAUACACGAACAAUACAAAAAUUCAAAAGAUGUCCGGAAAACCUCUGAAGGACGUAUAAAAAAUACGGGAAUUUAAAUCUAUCUUAAAAUAUUAGGAUUUAAUAGAUCCGACAAUAUAUUAAGAUCGCAGGAAUUAUCGGUCCUUUAGACGUGUUACCGAGGAUGCCUUGUAGUUGGUGUUGUGCGAUAGGCGAGAAUAAAACGAGAGAUGAAUUCGUCUCGUUGAGAUAUGCGAGACCAGAAGCGAGCCCCAAGCAUAAUAUAUAAGAACAAAAGCGCUCGGGUCAUCCUACGCGCUACAUAUCCGUUAAAAUUGGCGCAUUUAUGCAGGCAUUUUUUAUUUAAAUUCGUCUUAUUGAGCUCGUAUAAACAACUUGCCAACCGAUCCUGCGACCCUUCUCACGCCGUCGACCCGUGCGAUUAUUUAUGGUCCUUCGCAGACUCUCUCUCUUUCGAUAUACAUAUAAAUGAAUAUAUACAUAUAAAUAUAAGUAUAAUUAUUAAGAUUGUGUAUAUUCUUAAUUAGAUGCAAACGUACUGGCGUGCGCGCGUGGUCGCUGGGUGUGAUUUCGAAUAAAAAGAAAAAUGCACACACAUACACACGACAUAUAUAUAUAUAAACAUCCACACACGUAAAUACAUAACAUACACAUGGGGGGUUGCGGGCGACGGUUUGCCAAUUUUCGCGGGGAGCUUUCACUUACGAACGGGCGAUACUCGCACGUGUAUCCUGCGUGUUACGCAGUAAGGAGAUCUCUGCCGCCUGCGGAAUCUUUUGUGUAUUAUUUCUAGCAGAAUGUAAUAAAGUAAAGUUUAAACAGA